ACGUGGUUCGGAUGCUGGGAGAAGUCGUUCGUCCGUGUCUUUUUUGGAGAAGUGCGCUGCGUCUCGCAGACAGGCUCCCUUGCCGCAAGUGUCCGCCCGCGCUUAGCUGUCUCAAUAUUCGCCCUCGAACCUGGUCCGUUUAUAUGCGGCGUCAAUCAGGGUCAUCCGGGCGUCUCGAAUGAGAAGCUCUGACCUUGGACGGAUUCCCGACGCCGAUUGGCCUCUGCCUGCCCCCUUGAACUACUCGCGCCCUCUCUCUAAUCAACCCUUUCUUCGCAUUGUGGACCAUGUCGCAUCUCACCCUCCAGCGGAGCGAGAGCCCAGCAGAUUCCUACCUGCAAGAGGACAGCCCGACCAUAGGUCGAGUCAUCGUGAACUAUCCUCCUCCUCCUGCCGAUUCUAUCCCACCGCCGUCGCCGUCCACAGCCGCCGGCACCAAACCUCACAAGCCUCCAGCUCCCAGCCCUCUACAAACGAGCACGGCUCUCUCUCCGCCUUCCAGUGCGAGCCCAUCUCGUGCGAUAUUUCCCGAGUCCGUACACUCGUCAUUCCCGGCCACUUCGGCCAACCGACCCCCUUCGCAGGAACCGUUGGGAUACUCUCCUUCCCUUGGCGAUAAGGCGAAGGAUUCCGGCUUUCUGGGGGUUAUUAACCACGCAGGGGGGUUUUCUCCAGUUUCGCCCGUGUCUUCCAACUUUGGGACGAAGCUCGUGUCCCUUCCGAAUGACAUUCGUGGUGUUUCCAACCUGACCGCGACCUCUAAGCCUCUCGUGGGCUCUGUUGCCACGAAUCUUCCCACGAUGGCGAGCGGCAUAGCAUCCAACUUCGGCGCCUCUUCUGGCGCCCCGAGGACGUCGUCCAUCGAUUCCGCGAUAUCCGCAAUCUCGUCGCGAACCCACUCGCACCAGGGCUCGCAAGAUGCCCCGUCCGGAACCGUGGAUGUUGCCAAUCUAAUCAGGGCAGCAGGCAGUCCUGAAGCCGUCAUACAAUACCUCUUGAAGGAGAAGCAGUCUCAAUCACAGCAGAACGCGCAGUUGUGGAGACUGGUUGACAAGCAGAGAGCCAUGAUCCUCGGCCUGAACAAGGAUCUGGAGCGGGCCUUGAAGGAUAAAGAGAAGUAUAGGAAAAAAUUGAAGGAGGUGAUGGCUGCUCACGACGAGCGCCGGAGGCUUGAUGCUGUCCAGUUAAACCCACCGAAAAUUCCGCGGGUUAACGUGAAUGCACCAAGAGAGCAGGAGACCGAGACGCCAGCGUCGCCGUCGAAUCUAGAUUCGGACAGCAUGAAGCAUUCUCCUAUUGAUGUUUCGCUAGCGCCUUACCCGAUCACGCCCCCAGCCGACCAGGGCAACAGUGGAUUGCCGUCGGUCGUUGGCGAACUCCUGGAUCCUUCACAUGCCAUGCCAAAGGCAUCUGAGCACGCGCUAGAUCACUUUGAUCGUGAAGAGGAGGAUCGUGUAGCCGAGGAAGCCAAGAUGGCGUCGGAAACACCUAGGGAACUCCCCAUCAAUUUUUCGCUGCCCCCUUCUCGAAGUCAUCCGAGUGAACCCCCGCGAAUGCCGCCUCCGAAGCCUCCGACGGCCCACCCUCCGGUAGGGUCAGUCACCGAAGCAACGCAGCAAGUUGAUCACAGCAAAUCUCAAUUCUCACCGCCAUCGGCGCCGCCCCCGCGUAAACCCCCACCUGCGCCUCUACAAUUGAAUAAGGAGUCAAAAGUCCUUGCUUCGAUUUCGCCGGAAGAUGAUAAUGACUCCGACUCGGACUAUGAUUCUCUAUUAGAAGUCGACGAGCUGCCCCUACCAGAAAAACGGGGCCGAAGGCGCACCAGGGAGGAGGAUGAUAAGGAACGCGAGAUCCUCGCGUUAAAGGAGGCCGAAGCCCGAAGCCUGUCUAAGAAGAGUAAGAAAGGUAGUCAGAAGGGAACGCCUGUCUCUGCGGCGUCGGAACCUGCGAAGAAUGGCGGCCCGCCAACGCUUCGCACUCCUGGCACUCAGCCGGCGUUGGGGUCUGAUAAGAUUUCAGCGUCUCUCGCCGAGGUCAUGGAUGACAUCGAUCCUCGGGAAAUCAUACUCCCUCCCCCUCCCAAGUUGAUGAGUCCUGGCUUACCCGCAAGUCCGAGACCGAUGCCAUCUAGGACAUUAAUGCCUUCACCCCUCGGAUCCCCUCGCAUCGCUGGGGCGGGACCCAUGCCCCUCUCUCCGCGAGCUCCCCGACAGCCGAUUCCCCUACCUCCGAACACUCCCGCGGCUAACCAUCCAUCCACCCAGCUUAACUCCACAGCACUCGGCGACAGUCCCGCUGAGAGAACAGAGGUCUAUAGAGGUUUCGUCACUGACGAAUACCCCGACUUAUUAUUGCCCCCGAAUGCCCUGCUUUCCGUUGAGGUCAGAGUUGCCUCGUCUCGCAUGAAGCCGUCGAGAGCCAGUCUUCUAUCCCUGACACAACUGGAGGAGGAUCCCGUAUUCACACUAGCUAUCAUCUCACGAACGGAAGGUGUCGAGCUAUGGAGAGUGGAGAAAGACAGCACGUCCCUCGCCAAGCUCGAUCAGAGGAUGAAGCAAUGCGCGUCUUUCACUGCCAAGACUCCCGACAGGUCUCUAUUUAGCGGACACUCCCCAGCCAAGUUGGAUGCCCGUCGUAUUGUCUUGGACCGAUACCUCGACGAACUUCUCAAUACACCUCUUGACACCCAAGUCGCCCUAGAAUUAUGCAGAUACCUGUCAACGAAUGCUCUCCCACCCAACGACGACGAGGCGCCGACUGCGAACGAACCAAGCAGCGCAACUAGUAUCCUCAAGAAGGGUCCUGGAGGCAGACCAUUCAAGAACGGCUACUUGACGAAGCGAGGCAAAAACUUCGGCGGGUGGAAGGCUCGGUUCUUUGUUCUUGACGGACCUCAACUUAAGUAUUACGAAGCACCUGGCGGUGCUCAUCUGGGGACUAUCAAACUUCAGAGCGCUCAGAUCGGCAAACAAUCCCAGACCAACGAUGGAUCUCCUGCUACUGGUCCCAACGGCGAUGAGUUGGAUAAUCAAUAUCGACAUGCAUUCCUCGUUCUCGAGCCGAAGAAAAAGGAUUCUAGCAGCCACGUGAAGCACGUGCUAUGCGCUGAAAGCGACCUAGAGCGUGAUCAGUGGGUUGAUGCUUUGCUCCGUUGGAUCGACUAUCGCGAUGGUAACGAAGAGGAGUCGCAGCCGUCCGCCGCCCAUGACCGACAUCACGCGGGAGGCACCACGAAUUCUAAUGGUGCCAACUCCAAGAAGAAGCCACACGGACAAGGGAAGCACGCAGGGCAACGGAGCAGUAGUCAGGAUGGUCUGAUCGGAGUGAGCUACGAUUCAGCGAAGCAGGGUCACACGCCGGAGGGCGCCCCGAGACAUCGCAAACCCGCAACUCCGGAGCCUCAGGAUAGGACGAAUGGCCCUGCUUACACCAUAUCUGCCCCCAAAGAUCCUCAGCCCAUACCUGAUUCAUCGUCUUGGGGUAGUAAGGCGAGUCUGGCCCCACCCGGCCCUACACCCGAGGAAAAGAAGCAAAGAAAGCGCAGUUUCUUCGGGUUUGGCCCGAGAACCCGGUCAUCGACCGACGACCAGGACCCACUAUACGGUUCUUCUAAUGGAGGUGUCACUAACUCAGUUCAACUUGAGCAACGCGGCCCGAUUCGGCAGGUGUUCGGCGCGCCGCUCGCCGAGGCUGUGCGAUUCAACGGUCCGCUUGAUGCUAAUGUCCCCCUUCCGGCAGUGGUAUACCGCUGCAUUCAGUAUCUUGAUGCUAAGAACGCCAUCCGCGAGGAGGGCAUCUUCCGACUCAGCGGGUCUAACGUAGUGAUCAAGCAACUGCGCGAGCGCUUUAAUAACGAGAGUGACGUUAACCUGCUCACUGAUAACACGUAUUACGACAUCCAUGCCGUUGCCUCCCUGCUGAAACUAUACCUCCGCGAGCUUCCUACCACCAUCCUCACACGGGACCUGCACAUGAAGUUUGUCGAGGUGACCGAAAUGCAAAAUCAAGGGGAGAAGAUACCGUCCCUGGCCGAGCUCGUUCGCCAACUCCCGCUAGCCAACGAAACAUUACUAAAGUAUCUCAUCGCGUUCCUGAUCAAGAUCAUCAAUCACGCAGAUGCGAACAAGAUGACUGUGCGGAACGUUGGCAUCGUUUUCUCGCCCACACUAAACAUUCCGGCUCCUGUAUUUGCUUUACUGCUACAAAAUUAUGAGGGCAUCUUCGGAAUCGAUCCCGAAGAGUACGAGCUUCCUUCUCCCAUAUCCGACACAGAUUCGCGGACACUGUCGGACCCCCAACCGCCCCGACCGUCGACGGCAGGGGCUUCGGACUCGCCGCAUAGACAAAGACUCAUGGAACAGGUGCAUCAACGGUCCACUCCCACCCCACCUCCUGCUAUUACGGGCGGGGGGUUGCGGCCGACGGCAACACCACCGCCUCGCCAGUCCUACGAGCCUCAUUACCUAGCCCAGCCGGGAUCCCAAGCGUCGUUGCGCCCAGCCUACGAGGGUAGCUUUGCCACGCCGCCCGGCCACGAGGCUAGCAUGAGACCGCCGACCUAUGAUCGCCCGCAUUACGGAUCCUCGUACGAACAGGAUUACGCAGAAGGUUCUCUAGCCGCGUAUGACCAGUCGUACAAAUCCAAGAGGAGAGAGAGCUCGAUGUUUAUGGGAAACGUGAUGAUGAACCAGCAAGGUUCCAAGAGUCGUCUCCGAGAGGAAACUAGAAUGUGACCUCAUCCCAUCCCAGCGCUGGAUGCGAGCUUGACGGAAUGUUUGCGCGGUAUGAAUUCUUCUGCAUAUGAGGCGCGAUGUAUUAUUUAUUUUACAUGGUCGGCACAUAUACCGAUGUAUAUUCGUCUACUUUUUUCAUCUUUGCUUUUUAUGUCUGGCGCAUAUACCACCGUUGGAGGCUUUUUGCUCGGGAGUGAGGUUUUCUCACAUCCUACGGGGACAGUGUUGGAUUUUGGACUUGUUUAGCAACUCGAGAGGUGGUACCUGCUCUUUUUGCUCGGGGGGUUUCAGUGGUCUCGGUGGAGCAUCGCCAUGUUGGUACAGUCGACAGGAUUAUAAUAGCCCGUCUCAUU